CUUUGAAUAGCUUCAGUCACUUUGCAAAUUUUUUUUCCAACUUUCAUCAUAUUUUUUUGCGUGACUAAAAAAUUAUAAAUAAAAACAAAAAAAAAACCCCCACGAACCACCAGAGGAACGGCUGAAAAUAGGCGUGGACGCUUAAAAUCUUACCACCAUCAGCAACUAAUCUCUAUAUCUGCAAGAAAACAAUUCCGAUUUAUGCUUAUCAGUUGUUUUCUUUCCAAAAAUUGAAAAAAAAACAAGCCUGUAGCAGUUUUCGACUUUUCUACGGCCACACAUAGCUUCAGGCGAGUAGUUAGUGUCGAGUGAAAGCGCAAGUGAAACACGCGUAGCGGCUAGUAAAAAUCUGCGGAUCAUUCACGUGCUGUGUACUGUGCAAAGUUCUAAAAUAACAAAUUAUUUUUAGGAAAAAGUAAAAACAUUUGAAAACAAACAAAAAUGUUAAAGCGCUGUGCCACACGUGUCGCGUGCCAAUUGCGGCACGCACGUAAUUUCAGUAGCCACGCGGAUAGCGACUCGAAAGCGCGCCUGGGCAUUAUCGGUGUGCCUUUCUCGAAGGGUCAGGGCAAGGGCGGUGUAGAGCGUGCGCCUGCAUUGCUGCGCGAAAAUGGACUCGUACCGCUGCUCGAACAGGUGUCCUAUGGCAAUUUGCAAGUGCAUGACUAUGGCGAUCUGCAAUUCGAAGUCGAUCCUAUACCGACAGAAGCGCCCGAAUACCGCAACAUUAAGAACUAUGGUGAAUUUAUGGGCUGCAAUAAGGCGCUGAUCCGCAAGGUGCAAGAACUGUUGCAGGAGAACGAUCAGUUUUUGACUAUCGGCGGUGAUCAUGCAAUUGGAUUUGGCUCCGUUGCCGGCCACUUGCAGCACACGCCCAAUCUAUCGCUGGUAUGGGUGGACGCACAUGCGGACAUCAAUCUGCAUAAUACCUCCGAGUCGGGUAAUAUACAUGGCAUGCCGGUGUCGUUUCUACUCAAAGAAUUACGCGUCUUCUGGCAGCAUGCGCAGCUCGAAAAAACGGCGCCUGUUUGCUUAGCCGCCGAUCAGCUUGUCUACAUUGGCUUGAGGGACAUUGACCCGUACGAAGCAUAUAUCCUGAAUAAAUUGGGCAUACGAGCGUUUGCUAUGGAUUCUGUGGAUAAGUAUGGCAUUUCGAAAAUUAUCGAGCGUACACUAGAUUCGCUGAAACCGCAAAAUAAGAUUCAUGUUAGCUUCGAUGUUGAUGCAUUGGAUAAGUCGGUGGCGCCCAGUACCGGAACUGCAGUUUGUGCUGGACUGACGCUACGUGAGGGCAUUUCGGUUGUGGAGGCAUUACGGGACACAAAUCGAGUACAGGGCAUUGAUUUGGUGGAAUUGAAUCCUAGCUUGGGCAGCGAACAUGAUGUACAGACGACCAUCGCAUCGAGUUUGGAGAUUUUGAAAAGCAUUUGCGGUUACAAACGCAGCGGAAGUUUUGCCAAUAUAAAGACGGAUUUAUUUGAAACGUUGAAAAAUUAAUACAUAAUGUACAUACACUGCCGGUCAAAACGGGAUGAAUGAUUUUUUUUAAAUAUCUAUAGGGGUUUUUAACCAAAACUAUAUAUUGGGGCCCCCAUUGAUUUUUUUUUUGAAAUUUCAAGACUCUACCCCCUAAUUUCCCUCCUUUUUAUGAGAAACAUUAUUGCCUAUUUUUAUAAAUAUUUUCAAAGUCAUUUAGAGGUCGCGACUUGUCAUUUUAGGCCAGAAAAUAUGAUUUUUUAAAUUUAUCAGUUUUUGAAUGACUAUUUUUCACUAAAUUUUAAAGAUCAAACAUGUUAUUAUUAAAACGAUUAAAAAGUUCAAAAUUUUGAUGAAAAUUUGUUGAAUUGUUCUAAAUUCUGAAAAAAAGUUUGAUCUUUUUAGUUUUGGUUAAUGAAAGAAAAAUAUUGUUUUAAAAAAAUAACAAAAAAAAAACAUUAUAGCUUGAAAAACAUUGUAAAUAUAAAAGGAAAAACGCCAUUCACCCAGUUUUGACCGCCAGUGUGUAAAUAUAGAGACUACCCUGCAGAAAAUGUAUCUAGAUAUUUAUAAGUUAACUUGAAGUUGAUUAGGAGGGUACUAAAUAUAACUAUUAUGUGUAUAUUUUCUUUAAGGAAAGCUAAUUAUACAGUCAGGGUCAAAUGUAAGUGUGCACCUUGUUCUAAUAUAAUACUCAGAAUUAUUUUCAUGAAAAUUUGUUUCAUAAAUUAUUUAUAAAAAUAUAGUUCAUUCUAUAAAAUAAACAAUCACACACAAACAAAGGAUCACACUUUAUAUAAGGUUCACGAAAAUUCACACAAUUUUCAUCAAAAUUUCAAAAUUUGUAUUUAGAAUUUCCAGAAAAUUUUCGAGUUUGCAGUUUGUAGAUCAUUCAAGUUUAGCAAAACAAACUGCAAGUUUCAAGUUGCUAAACACGCUUGAUUUUUAAGAAUCUUUUUUGUGGAGGGUGUUG